UGGACGCCAAAUCCGGCCAACCCAGAACCGCAAGCGUGAGUCCGGCGUUGCCGGAGAAGCUGGCGAAGUGGCGGAUCUGGAGGGCGCGUUGAAUUUACCGCCGGAGAUGGACGGUCAUUGGAGAUAGAGGAGGAGUAGCACUCUCGCAGGAGGAAGAGGAUACGAGAGGGAGAAAGACUUUGGUGGGGAAAGUUCUGACCAGUGGGACCAUAAGCAAAUCCAUAAGCAGAUGCUAAGAAUGGCACACAUUGCAGCAGUUUUUGUUUUUGAAGCGUCGGUCCCUGUAUCAGGUUAUUAGCACCGGUACAUUGUACAUGCCCUGAGCAGUUAGAACCAACGGCAAGUGCAUGUAGUAUAUGACUACAGAAAGCAUAUGCUCUUCACUCGUUUUAACUAGCACAAGAAUUAUGCUCCAUUUUUUUUCAAUAUACAUACAUGUGUCAUGUGUGCUUGCCCAUGAAGAUAAGCACAUAUACUUACCAGAUACAUACGCUUCCCGGUGAAGUUAAGCACCUUCAUUCCACACCCUACACGGUUAUAACUCCUUUUUCCCUUCGCAAUUAAUUAAACAAACUUUUCCUCUUAAUCAUUUUGUAGCUCUACACCGCGUGCCAUGCAAUUGUCAGUCUCCCAUCUCACGCGCUGAUGAUCUCUUUAUAAAAGCCUUCCACACUGAGUCACUGACACUACGCUCGACACAUGUGUCCCGAGCUCACCGGCGAUUCACCAUUGCACCGGCCGGUAAGAGCGGCAGAACUAGCUAGCUAAAUUGCAGACGAGCUAGCUACUAGACCAUCGGUCCGUCGGCAAUGGCGCCGGCGGGGACGGUCCGGAAGCUGGUGGUGGAGGUGGUGGAGGCGCGGGACCUGCAGCCCAAGGACGGCUUUGGCACGUCCAGCCCGUACGCCCGCGCCGACUUCGACGGGCAGCGCCGCAAGACCCGGACCGUGGUCCGCGACCUCAACCCGGUCUGGAACGAGCCGCUCGAGUUCACCUUCCCCGGCCCCGGCACCGGCGUGCUGGACCCCGUGGGAGGCGGGGAGCCGCUGGAGGUUUCCGUGCUCCACGAUUUACGCGUCGGGCCCAGCCGCCGGAGCACCUUCCUGGGCCGCGUCCGCCUCGACGCGCGCCGCUUCUUCGUGCGCAAGGGCGAGGAGGCGCUCAUCUACUUCCCGCUCGAGAAGAAGAGCUUCUUCGGAUGGGUCCGCGGCGAGAUCGGCCUCAAGGUCUACUACGUCGACGAGCCCGCUCCCGUUCCCGUCGCGCCGGAGCCGGAGCCGAACGCUGGCGCUGAUCCUCCUCCGGCUGCUGCUGCACCCGACGCUGCCGAGGCGGUAGAAGAAGCGCCGCCAACGGCUCCUGAUGCUGCUCCCGCGUCUGCCGACCCACCGCCGGUGCCGACAGAGGAGGCGGAGGCGCCAGAGGAAGCAGCACCACCGGCCGGCGAAGAAGCCGGCCCGGAGAAGCCACCGGAUCAGGCUGACACGGCUGAGACAGUGGAUGCCCCUGUAAUGACAUCAGAGGCGGUGCCGGCGUCCUCGGCGGAACCUGCGGCAGAGACCCCGCCCCCAAUGCCGAUGCCGAUGCCGAUGCCGAGGCAGGUGCUGCUCCCGGCGCGUCCGGCGCCGGCGCCGGCCGAGGUCCUGCCGGUGGAGCCAUCGAAGCACGACCUGGUGGACAAGAUGCCGUACCUGUUCGUCCGCGUGGUGCGCGCGCGGGGGCUUCCCGCAGGCGCGCACCCGCACGUGCGCGUGGCCGUGGCCGGCGGCGGCCGCCACGCGUCCACCCGGGAGGCGCGCCGGGGUGCCUUCUUCGAGUGGGACCAGACCUUCGCCUUCGCGCGCGACCCGGCGGACUCCCAGACAGGCCCCACGAUGGAGGUGUCCGUGUGGGACCUCCCGCCUGACGCCGACGUGUCCGUCGCCGACGACCGCAGCUUCCUCGGCGGGCUCUGCUUCGACACCGCCGACGUGCACGCGCGGGACCCGCCCGACGGCCCGCUCGCCACGCAGUGGUACCGGCUGGAGGGCGGCCGCCGCAACGAGCGGGCCGCCGACCUCAUGGUUGCCACGUGGGCCGGCACGCAGGCCGACGAGGCCUUCGCCGACGCCUGGAAGGCCGACUCCCCCCCGGCCCAUGCCUCCUCCUCCACGGCCACCGCGUCCUCCUCUGCGUCCUCGAGCGCCAAGGUGUACGUCUCGCCCAAGCUCUGGCUCCUCCGGCUCACCGUCAUCGAGGCGCAGGACACGCUCAUGGCGGCCCGUGCUGACGCCGGUAUCGCCGUGCGGGGCACGCUGGGCUUCCAAUCGCUCAAGACCCGGACCACGGCAGCGGUGACACGCAACGGCGGUCCAUCGUGGAACGAGGACCUGCUGUUCGUCGCCGCAGAGCCCUUCACCGACGGCGACUGCUUCGAGAUCUCCCUCGAGGUGCGCCACGGCAAGGACGCUUUCACCGUGGGCUCGGCUAGCGUCUCGCUGGGGAGCAUCGAGAGGCGCGUGGACGACCGCAAGGUGGCCUCCAAGUGGCUCGACCUUCUCCCCUCCGACGAGGCCGCCGCCACGAGAAAAGCCAACGGCAAGUUCAGGAUGCCGGCGCACGUGCACGGCGGGCGGCUGCACGUGCGGGUUUGCCUGGACGGGGGCUACCACGUGGCGGACGAGCCGCCCUACGCGAGCAGCGACUUCCGGCCCUCGGCGCGGCAGCUCUGGCGGCAGCCUGUGGGCCUCGUGGAGCUGGGCGUGGUGGGCUGCAAGGGCCUCCUCCCGAUGCGGGCCGCGGACGGGAAAGGCUGCACGGACGCGUACGCCGUGGCGAAAUACGGGCCCAAGUGGGCCCGCACGCGCACCAUCUCCGACAGCUUCGACCCGGCCUGGAACGAGCAGUACACGUGGCCCGUCUACGACCCUUGCACCGUGCUCACCGUCGGCGUCUUCGACGACCCGCCGCCUCCGCCGUCCGAUGACGCCGACGCCGCCGUGACGCCGUCGAGGCCGAUGGGGAAGGUGCGGAUCCGGCUGUCGACGCUGGAGAACGGGCGCGUGUACCGGGGCUCGUACCCGCUCCUCAUGAUGCUCCCCACGGGCGCCAAGCGGAUGGGCGACGUGGAGCUCGCCGUGCGCUUCGCCACUUCCGGAACCUUCCUCGACACGCUGCACGGCUACCUGCAGCCAUCUCUGCCGCCGAUGAACAACCUCCGUCCGAUCCCGGCGGCUCACCGCGAGCCGCUGCGGCUGGCCGCGGCACGGAUCACGGCGGGCCACCUGGCGCGCGCCGAGCCGCCGCUCAGGCGGGAGGUUGCCACGUGGAUGCUGGACGCCGGGCCCGGGUCCGGCUCCAGCUCCAGCUUCAGCAUGCGGAAGCUGCGGGCGAACUGGAACCGGGCAGCAUCGGCGCUGACGUGGGUGUCCGGCGUGGCGAGGUGGGCGGAGGAGACGCGGACGUGGCGGAGCCCCGCGGCGACGGGGAUGGCGCACGCCGUGCUGGUGCUGCUGGCGUGGCACCCGGACCUGGUGAUCCCCACGCUGGCGCUCCACGUGGCGGCCGUGGGGGCUUGGAGGUACAGGCGGCGGCCACGGGCACCGGCGCCGCACCCGUGUGUGAGGGCGUCCAUGGCGGAGGCGCCGGCCGAGAGGGAGGAGCUGGACGAGGAGUUCGACCCGGUGCCCAGCGCCAGGCCGCCGGAGACGGUGCGGGCCAGGUACGACCGGGCCAGGGUCGUCGGGGCCAGGCUGCAGGCCAUGGUCGGCGACGUCGCCACGCAGGCCGAGAGGGUCCAGGCGCUCGUGUCCUGGCGAGACCCGCGCGCCACGGGGAUGUUCGUCGCGCUCUGCGUUGCUCUGGCCAUGGUGUUGUACGUUGUGCCGCUCAAGGUAGUCGUUGUUGUCGCGGGGUUCUACUACCUCCGACACCCCAUGUUCAGGGACAGGACGCCCGCGCCGGCCGUCAACUUCUUCCGCCGCCUGCCUUCCAUGGCCGAACGGAUCAUAUAGCUGGGAGAAGAGCCGACGAAGCACUAUGCCAGCCAGUAAGCACGGGUUGAGCCAUCGACUGCGCCUUGUUGCAAUUCCACACUGUCCUGUUAAUUUUUAGAUUCUACGCUAGAACAAUAAGAAUUCGUUAUCAUGGAUGAAUCUUUCGUUUGAAGUACUAGUGUUAACUUUGGAUCGGUCGAGUCGAAAAUGCAUCCUUCCUGUCAUGUGGUUUCCCA